CACGUAUACACACACACACAUACACGCACCAGCCGGGUAAACAGGGCACGGAUCCCACCAUGGCAGAGGCGGAGGAUGGGCGGGAGCAGCCAGAGAGCGGGUGUGAAGAAGAGGAGCUCCUGAGUCCGUCUGCGGGGCUGACCAACCAGUGGAGCGUGGAGGAUGAGGAGGAGGCGGCUCGGGAGCGGCGGCGGCGGCGGCGAGAGGAGCAGCUCCGGGCCAUGGGCGACGACGGCGCGGGCGCCCCUGGCGGCGGGCCCGAGGAACGGCUGCCGGCCGCGGGCGACGGCGGGGCGGGCGCCUCCAGCGGCGGGUCCGAGGAACAGCUUCGGGACGCGAGCGACGGCGGGACGGGCGCCCCUAGCGGCGAACUCCAGGAACAGCUCCGCGCCACGGGCGGCGGCGGCCGCCGGACGGGCGCCCCUAGCGGCCACCCCGAGCCUGCAGGGGGAGAGGAGGAGGUAGAGGAGGAGGAGGAUGGAGAAUCCGGAGCCCACGAGCGGGAGGAGCUCCUGAAGCCCGCGGGGCCACCGGAGGUGGAGGAGGACGAAGGCUUUGGCGACUGGACCCAGAAGCUGGAGCUGCGGAAGCAGAGACGGACCGCGCCCGAAGGCGGCCCCGACGGCCUCCAGGCCGGCCCCGGCCCCGCGGAGGAGGACGGCUGGGGAGCCUCGCCUCCCAAGUCCCACCACGAUGGGGUCCCGAGGUCCCCCCAACCCUCCUACGAGGAAGAGGAAGGCGAUCGGGGCCUGUUGGAAGCGAAGCUGGACCAACUGAGCGUGGAGCGAGACUGGAACCCCCGGAGAUGGGAGCAGGCGGGCUCUGAGGGGGGUCCAGAGGAGGGGGCCAGCCUGCUGCAGGACCAUGAAGCCGAGCCGAUGGAUGAGCCCCAGCGGUUCUCCGAGGACCCCCGGGAGGCCGAGAAGCCCCUCACAGCCCGCAGCCCGGGUGGCCACGGUGGGUCGGGGUCCAGCCCGCCCCCUCUGAGCCCCACCACCAAGCUCACUGACGGAGUCCAUUCCCCAACCCGCUCCGCGACAAACAGCGUGAAGAAGGCGUCGUCCGCCCCUCCCGUCUCCCGGAUCGAUGAUCACCUGGAGCGAUACGCCCACGCCAUCGAGAGCUCGAUCAAGGCCCCGAGGGUGACCAGACAGCCCUCCAUCGAGCUGCCCAGCAUGGCCGUCGCCAACACCAAGAGCCUCUGGGAGACCGGCGAGGUGUCGGCCAACACCCCGGGGAGAGCCGCCCCCUGCAAGGACAUCGUGGCAGGGGACAUGAGCAAACGCAGCCUCUGGGAGCAGAAGGGCUCAAGCAGACCCGCGGCCACGGUCAAGAGCACGCCGUCGGGGAAGAGGUACAAGUUCGUGUUGACCGGGCAUGGCAAGUAUGAGAAGGUGCUGGCGGACGAGGAAGCAGCCCCGUGAUGGGCCAGGUCCCGGCCGGCCCGGAAUCCCGUGUCCAAGCGGACAGCAGCAGGUGCGGGUGGCUCAGAUGGCUCAGUCCUCCCCUGGCACAUCUCCACGUCUCCACUUCUCCACACCUCUACGCACAAUCGUCCUUCCCCGAAGCAGAGGUCCCGGGGGCCAUGGGCUAUGGUCUGCGCUGCUUGCCCCUGCCUCCCUUCCUUCAGCCUCUCCCAGCCUCUCCCAAUGGCUUAAUUCUGCUACUGAGCCCCACCACCCCACCUCCCUCAAAUCCUGCAGACUUCCUGCCCUGCAAAGAGACCAGCACCUUCUUUUGGUUUAAAACUUUUUUCUAUUUAGCGGGUCUCCCUGCCCCUGCUCACCAUCCCCCCCCCCAGACCUUGCAAGAUGAGACCCCAGAAACUUACCGAGGGCCAACUGACCUCUCUCAUUCCCCAGGGCCCGUGCUCACCUCCCUCCUGUUGGGAAGAGGGGUCUGGGGUUGGGGGGGGCACGUUUUAGGGGAUGCGCCGGACCCCCCAGCCUCAAGACUCCAAGCCAGGAGUUCGGGUUCUUGUCCCUGCACCCCCGGGCUAGGAUCACGUGGCUUGGGUGCUGCCCCCCUCCCCACCCCUGCCCAACCCCCGCUUCCUGCCUGCGGGAAUCCUGAUCAGGUUUGAUAAACAAUCAAUAAAGAUUUCCAUAGAUG